UGAACAUCCUGUUAACUUUCUUACAAAUCAUGAAGCCAUGGAACAAGCGAAAGCUUCUGCCCGCAUCACUUUGCUGCGGGGGCAUCCAGAAAAUCCAAUGCAUAGCAGAGAGCUUGAACUUAUCCGCCUGUGCAACGAGCUGGUGCAUGGGCAAGUCCCUGAAGCCUUUCCGGGAGCUCAACCUACAUCAUUGACGAGGCAGAAAGUUGGUGACCAACUCUUGCAGGAGCCAUAUCUCGUGUGUGAGAAGACUGACGGUGAGCGCCACUUGCUGCUUGCAUACGAAGGCCAUGUCUACUUCAUUGACCGAAAAUGCCGUGUUUGGCUUUGCCCAGUGCAACUUCCUCUGCCAGACGAUCACAAGCGGGCACCGGGCUGGCAUCACAACACACUUCUGGACGGGGAACUUGUCCUAGAUGCAGAAGACACAGAGGGAUCUCAGACAUGCCUCCGCUACUUGGUGUAUGACGCGAUGCAUAUUUUUGAUGAGGACUUGACCCAUCGGACCCUUUUACAUAGAUUGAAGAAAGCGUUGUUUGACGUGAUCUUGCCGAAGGAACAACUCUUGAGCCUCGGUCGGAAAGACCCUCUUCAGUUGAUGUUGAAGGACUUCUUUGAACUCUGGCAGAUUAAAGAGGUGGUGGCUAUUGCUGCUGAACUCCCACAUGGAACAGAUGGCCUUGUUUUCACUCCAGUUAUGGUGCCCUAUGCACCAGGGACUUGUCCGGCUCUGUUGAAGUGGAAACCAGCUGACAUGAACACAGUGGACUUCAAACUGGAGGUGGUACUCGGGGAUGGCAAGAAGAUGCAUGUCAAGCUUUUGGUGGGGUUCAAGGGCAAGGACCAAUGGCAGGUCAAAUUCUGUGGUCAUUGGCUUGCCAAGACUGGUGAGGUCUUCAAAGUGCUCAAAAAGGAUCCCAAACAAUUUGAUGGAAAAAUCGGAGAAUGCAAGUGGAAUCCUUCUGCGAAGACGUUUACGCCAACCGAUGCAUUUAGGUUUACCAUGAAUGGAGCUUGGGAGGAUGGUGGCUGGGUCUUGGAGCGACUGCGUGAGGACAAGGAGGUGCCAAAUGAUUUGAGAACUGCCAAGAGGGUCGUGGAAUCCAUCGAGGACAACCUGACGGAAGAGGACCUGGCUGCAUAUAUUGUGAAGGCAAAAGAAGAUGGCAAGCUGAAGGCAGCUGCUAGCUGCGGAGAUGGCUACUUGGCGAGGGUGGAACCUCAGAAUCGAAGUGCCAAGGACAACUGGGCCCCUUCAGUGCAAGUUGACCAGCAACAUCCCGAUGAAGGUGAGCCGACGGAAUUGAAGGCAUCCACAGAAACAGCCACAGAAAAGGACGCAGGAAAAGGCAAAGGGAAAAGCAAGAAGGACCCGAAGGGCAAGGGUGUGGGACAAAAAGGUGGCCACAAAGGCAAAUCCAAGCGCGACAAAGAUGGACCGCUGGAAAACCAAAAGGAUCAGGAGAAAAGUGACAAGAAAGGCGAGAGGAAAGGAGGCAAGACAAGCGACAAGAAAGGUGAGAAAGGUCUUGGGCGAUGGCAUGGCCGGGGCAAAGGCAAAAGCAAGACGCACAAGGCAGGCAGUCAAGACCCAGAUGCACAGAGGAGAACGGUGGACGAAGAGAACAUGAGCCUCAUGGAGUGGAGCAAGUUGUUUGAAGCGCAGCAGGCUGGCAAGGAUACUGCCCAGCUUCAGGAAGCCGAAGUAACAUCUGCGCCAAGUGGUCCUGAAAUUCCGCUUCUCUCAGAUGCAGCACAGCAUGGUUUGCCUGAUGAAGAACCUGUGAGGACUCUGGAAUUUGAACCCAGAAGGCCACGCACUGUGGCAGACUUGAUGGAUCUUGGAGUUGAGUUUGCAACAGCAAGGGUGCCGCUUCUUGCUCAACGGUCAAGGGAGAAUGCUGCUGCCAGUUGGAAAAGACCGCGAACAGUCGCAGAUCUAGACGCGGCAAAAGCUGGCACGGCCAAUGCUGAAGUGGGACAUGUUGAAGUGGACAAUGCUGCCAAUGACGAAGCAUUCAAGCCGCCAUUGUUGCUUCAAAGAUUCAAGGGUUUGCUAAAGAGAAGGCCACGCUUGCCAGAAGGUGACGUAGAAGCAGCUACCCCAAAGGUGACGACACUAGCUCCAGCUGGCAAGAGCUUGGUUGGAGCCCUGGGCCCUGGCUAUGUGCCACCAGUCUUGGUCCCCCAGCAUGUGCUUGCGUUGCAGAAUGACACCAGUGUCCAAAAGCUCCUGGCCAGGGUGGCACCAGAAAGUGAGCUGAAGACGGUCUCGGUCGCGUGUACCCGCUGUUGAGAUCACCAAGAAGUCCAUUGGAAUGCAGCAAUGCCGCCCUAGCCUUCAAGACUGGCUCCUCUUUUGCGAGCCCUUUAUUUUUGCGACCAUCCAAGGAGCAUGGCAAAAAGGGAAGGACUCGAAGAUCACAAGACAGAGUUGGCUGCCUGAAGAGCUUUCCUACUGGUCUGCGAUUGAUGAGCUGAAGUGAGCGAGAGCCAGCCCUGGCGCGCUAGCAUCCUUGCACGCAAGGGAAAAGAGGAAGCCUUUACAACUGAAGGGUUGCGCAGCUGGCGCAGCCUGAGAAUGUG